AUGUUUUCCCUCAUUCCUCUCCUGAGUCUCCUCGUCGUUGGCUCUCAUGCAAACCCCUUCCUCGACGCACGAAGCGUCGCCAGCGUUGAGCUGCCCGCCAAACUCAGCGCUAUCAAUUUCGACCCAGCCAAUAAAGACGGCGUGACUUUCCACAUCGCUGCCGCCGGCGUUGACACUCAGUGUUACCCACCUACCAAAGACACCGUCGCUGCGGGCAGAAUCUACAAGUGCGGCGAAAACGCUGCUGUCACUUUCAGCUACACCGGCGAGGAUGGCAAGCUUAGCGUUUGGCUGAGUAAUGAGAAUGGAUCCUUUGCUGGCUCUACUCUCGUCUCCGGUCCCGUUUCGGGUGAGGUCGCCAUCGACCUCGCCAGCCUGAACGGUUGA